AUGAUGUUACAAGUGGUGAAAAAAUGUCAUAAAAUUGAUAGUAAAUGGUUGUGGCAAACUGAUCAAAAUGAGGAGACAUUUGAUAUUUUUAAUAUUCCAAAGAAAACACAUUUAGUGUUUGGUAUAUUUGUGCUUGAUAUGUUCAUUAAGGACAUAGGACCUGUCUUACAAUCUUUAUACCAUAAACUGUGCGAACUGUUAAAAGAUUGGAAUACUUUUUAUCCUUGGACUGAAUAUAACGGUGUAUCUUUAAGAUUAGAUAAUUUUCGAAAUAUUAAAUACAUUUUUGGAGACCUUUGCGUUGAAGAUAAUCUUCAAAACGAAGAGACAUUAAUAGUUUCUCUUCUCAGGAAAUUUUCUAAAGAAGCUGGCGACCAAGUAUUUAUUAAAAUAGUAGAUACAGAUGGUGAUUUUUUAUUAGCUAGUUGUCAUGAUAUCAUACCUGGAAAUUAUGAAUAUCCUGUGGGUAAUAAUCGAUUAUGGUUACGAAAUGGUAAUUUUAUCAUUAUUCCAGACUCAAUUAUACCAAAUAAAGGCCUUGAUCCACAAAUAUGUCUGGAUACAUUAUUAUUCACGCCUUUUAAAUGUAUUAACGUUGAUGAUAUUUCAAAAAAAUUGGAUAAACUGUAUCCAGUAAAUGAUUUUCCUACAAAGGAACUCUCUGAAUUGGGAUUUUUAUCGUUGCAAUUACCCGAAAAUAAAACUGCAGAGAUAUUAAAAUCAAAUCCUCGAAUAAUCAACUAUUUGAUUAAGAAUCUUUUUACUAUGAGUGCAAAUGAAAAUGAAAAUAUCCAUGUUAACUAUGUGGAAAAUUUGGAAUAUAAUCAGAAUGUUACUAAAUUCCUUAUUUCUAAAAACCAUUUCAAUCUUCUUCUUCUUUACCUACAGGUCAAUAAUGCAGAAGUGGAACAAUUUGAUAUUGCAAAAGUAUGUGCUCUAUAUUUGUUAAAGUGUUUACGUCAUCUUGUUGAUUCUGGAGAUAUUGAGGUGGAUAAUUUGGGGAACAAAUCAUCAGCAUCAAUGACUGAACCAAAGUGGAAUCAAGCACUUUUUUACGGAACCUAUAAGUUCCCUGACUUUGAUUACAAACAAAAAUAUGAAGUUGAAGCAGGAGUAGAACCGAACGAGAAACUAAUGGAAUUAUUUACACAAUUCUUUAAUGAAAAGGAAAAUGGCAAUAGCUUCCACAGAAACUUUGACAAAAAUGAUGAAUUUGAUUUAGAAAUUGCUUCAGAUGGUACAACUGAUGAUGAAAACGAGAAAGCAGUUGAGUACCUUUCUGAAGAAAAUUCAGGUAUCAAUGAAGAUGACUUUUUUGAAUUCUUUUUAAAAGAAGCUUUAAAUAUGAAAGAUAGUGAUCUUGAACAGUUUAUAAAAGAGGAUACGCCCGACCUUGAUAUUAUGGAUGCACAAGGCUAUGGAGACGAUAGUAAUGAGACUGGAACAGGAUCUGAAACUGAGUAUUUUCAUAGGGAAAUAGAAGAUAUUUUACAGCAUUUACACUCUGAAGAAAAUACUAUGAAAGCAUUUGAAAAUAUGUUUAAUUCGUUAACUAUCGAUGGAGUUGCUAGUGGGCCAUUUGAAUAUAUGUUAAGACAUUUAGCAAACAGUUUUGAUAAGAAUUGA